CGGGUUUUACAAAAUGAGUAAUGGAAAUAUUGUAGCAAAACUUGCUCUACGAGAAACAAGAGGAUGUUUGCAGCCGCAUUUACGCGGAAACCGAACUCGUUUCUUCAAGAAAUGCCCUGAACGGUUUUGCAUUCCGUUGGACAGCAUACUAGAUGUGAAUGGUGUUAUCAGAAAAGGACAUGUCAUUCUUGGUUUUACCAAGAAUGGCAGAUACUUGAUUUCAUAUUGUCUUCAAAUUGACAACAAUGACACCAGUCCAAUGCCGAGGUAUAUUUACUCUCUUCAUUGGUGGGAGUUCAAUUUAGGGAAACCAGUGGUUCAGGUUUUUUCAGUGGCAUUGUUUCAUGGGGAGGAAAUACAUGAAGAUUUACAUUUAAUGGUCACUCAGAGCCCAGAUGAGUCACAUGUUGUAGUUUAUGGUGAAGUACGCUCUUCAAGAGGAGAUCAGAGUCAUCAGUGUUACGUUACAGUUUGUGCUGGACCUACCUGGAACCCAUGUGCGAUUUGCAAGAACUUGUCUCUUGGUGAAAGAACAGAGCUAUGUUUGAAACAUUCUUUUGUGGUUCACUUUAAAUAUGAUCUUUUACAUCCUUUCCCCUUAUUUAACCCUUCCAUAAAUCUGAAGAUUAAAGAUACAGUCCUCUUCAACACUGGAGACUUCUUGAUGGCAUUAAAACUGUUAACUUCCAAGAGCACAAUAAAGAAUACACAGGAGCUUCACAAGAUUUUAUUUCCCCAUGGAAAAUAUUGUGCUUCAAAGUUGUGCACUCCAGUACCUAAUGGUAGUAUACAGGAUAAUUCAGACACUAACAGUGAUAGUGGAGAAGAUUGCAAGUCAUGUUUGGCUUCAAGGGAACUGCAUGUUGGUAUACAGUCUGCUAAAGACACAAAAGUGAGUUGUAAUCAAAAAGAUGACUUCACAGCAAGCUCUGGAACAAAUCUUGGUGCAAAUUCAAGUUCAGAUGCCAAAGCUGAUGUAAUGAACUCAAAUUGUACCUUGCACAAUGAUGUCAAAAGGAGCAAGAUUGUAUCUGCCUUUGCUAAUGAGCUGGAUCAAAUACAUAGUGAGCAGAUUAAAGUCCAUGAAGGCAAAGAUUUUUCGCCAACACAGUGUACCAUGAAUGUGAGAAAUUGUCAUGACUUGUGCUACAAAGGACUUUGUGCUCAAGGGGAUUGUGUUGGUAAAGGAAGUAACCAAGUAAAGUGUAAUAAGUCUUAUGCUGGUAAUUCAUCUUUUGACUCAACUCAAUGUUUGGGAAACACAUGUAAUGUGAAUUCAUUUCAAAGCUUGGAUGCGACAGAGGGUUCAAGUACAUGUGCUAACAUUUCUGGUGAUUCAUCAAGUAUCAGUCAUGUCUCCAAAGAUAAGUCUGAUAAAGCACAUUGUGACUUUGCUUGCUCACAUUGCUACAGUUCUUAUGAGUACAAUAACGUUACAGCUGCACCAGUUGUAAACAACAACAAUCUGACCUCAUCUGUUUUCAAAUUGUAUGAAGAAACUAGCAAUGAUUCUAGCUAUGAUGAACUUCCUGAUCUGGCAAAUGAGUUUGACAUGUAUGAUGGCUCCCUGUCACUUACAGUUGAAAAACGAUGUGGUAGUGCCCCCUUAAAACAAGUGGCUAAAAUAAACCAAAGCAACCCAAAUGCAGAAAUGUUUUCAAUCCUCAAAAAAACUCUUGGAAGUAAUAAGCAAGGGAUGGCUAUUCAGCAAACAACACUUGACUUAGAGCAAUGCAUCAGUGAAUUAAUCCAGGCUCAUGAAGAUCUACGGCAAAGCUAUAAGUCCCUGAAGGACUAUGAUGUCCAGGUGAUCACUGCAUGUCCGGACAGUGGAGAAGUGAUCACACUUGCCAGGCUGCUGGUGUUCACACGCGUUAAGCAACAAUCAGCGACCUGUGGUCUGUCUGUUAGUCCAAGCCCUGUAUUACAGAAGGUAGGAUUCAUAUUUUCCUGGAAUGUAUGGAGUGGUGACGUGAAGAUUCUUCAAACUCUUGGACUGGAAACCUGCCCUGAGCGAACUCGAUAUACCAAGUUUAACAUGGCCGCUAAAGAAGCUUGUGAGCUUCGUGCGAAAUUUUCCAUCCCUCAAAGCAUUCCUUCGAUUGUGCAGGCGUUUUCUAAUCACACUGUAUUUACUGGAAAGUCUCUGAAGUAUCUCAGGCAUCCAUUCCUUCCACUGGUUUUGGUGCUGUGAAAUGUUGAGUUUGUCUUCGCCUUUUGUUUGGUAGAAAAGCAAUGGGAUAUUGUAAAAUAAUGGACUUUAUAAUGGUGCCUCCUUGGUGAGUUAUCCGAUCUGAGGAAGAUAGCUUUCUGGAGCAUAUACGAC